UUUGUAAUAGCCCAAAAUAAAUUCUUUAUUUAAUUAUUCUAACGAAAAAUAAACUUAUUAUUAUAUUAUGCGAAAAAUGUGUGGUUAUAUUUUGAAAUACAUUGCUUUUUAAGCUCCUCGGCGUAUAAAGUCAACUAACAACAUAUAAAUCUGUAAUUACCUCUUUACCUACAAAAUUUUAGAUUAGUAGUAAAUUUGGUGGUUUAUUCAACAUGUCCAGCAAUUGGGGGUUCUGCGAUUUAUCAAUUAGUAAAAACUACGAUAUCGACAAAUUACAUAUAAUUGAGAAACUUGGUUUUAACACGAUAGCAAUAAACACAUGCUUGGAAGAAGGAAGCGAUGAACCUAAAAAGAAGAAAAAGAAAGGAGACACGAGAGAGAUUAAAGAUUUCGUUCCUCCACCGAUGGAUUUACCAAAAGAUAACAAUUUUCAAACAAAACUUAACAUACUGCAAAGGAUUACUAUAGAAUUUUCAGAUUCUGGAAUCGUUCAUAAAUUAAAUCGCUCUGAAAAUAUAAAAAAAUAUGAUAUUAUAGCUGUUAUACCAAAAACAUUACAAGCAUUUCAGUAUGCUUGUAGUUCUAUGGAUAUCGAUAUUAUUAGUUUCGAAACUGAAGGAAGAAUACCCUUUAAAGUACAUCGUAAACUUUAUAAACAAGCUGUAGACAGGGGUAUAUUUUUUGAAAUAAUGUACUCCCCUAUUAUUAGAGAUUCCACAGCCCGAAAGAAUAUAAUAAGCAAUGCCCAUGUUUACCACACUGUGGGGAAAUCAAAGAAUAUAAUCCUCACAAGUGGAGCUGACAAUCACAUGUAUAUCCGUAGUGUAAAUGAUAUUAUAAAUUUGGGAUUUCUGCUUGGCCUCAAUCACAACGAGAGCUUAGAAGUUGUACGCAACAAUACACGAAGAUUGAUUUUGAAAACUGAAGGGAGAAAAUGCGGUAAACAUUACAUGUCAUUCAGUCCUAUAGAAAAUAAAAUUAAUGAAGAUUACUUUGGUAUUUUAUUUCUUUAAACAUGUACAUACAUAACCUUUUAAACAUUAAAUAUCAGUAUUCAAUUAAAAUUAUACAUCACAGUUUAAAUUUGACUUACAUACUUAAAAAGUUAAAUUUUAUUUCAAUUUACAAUUAUCACAUUUAGAAUGGGGAACUUGCACCAAAAUUAUAUUAUUGUAUUUUUCUUAUAAAUUUUACUAAAUAUUUUAAAUAAAUCUGAUGGAACUUAAUUUCUGCAAUCAAUGCUACUUUUUAUUUUUUAUUUCUUAGAUGUUAAAUGGUUACAUCUAGAUCACAAUGUGGAAUAUUCCUUUAUACAUAGUAUCGACUGUAUUGUAGAAAAACUUUCAAUCUGCCCUAGUACCAGUAAUUAGUGCUUUCUGAAGCACUAAACGGCUAUCAAUUCACCAAUACAUAUUUAGACUUACAGAAAUACUGUGUCAGAUAACUCAACCUCGUGUCUCAAGG